UGACCAAUAGAGGGCGCUCCUGCAUACAAGAACAACUUUGUGCUGAACUUUCAUCUGUCACGACAACAAAGUAACAACUCUUCUACAUGGAGAAAACACUGUUGUAAUUUACUGUGAGGAUAAACCAAUGGAACCAACAAAUAACAACAAUGAGGACCCGAAAUUAACUUCAGAUCCAGGAGGACAGAAGAAGAAUCAGUCACCAGCAGAGAAUGUGUCUGGUCGGCAGCUGAGUGAACCGGGCCGGUUUGCGUAUGCUGGGUUAUGUGGAGUGUCCUUGGGCCAGCUGUUUCAUGGACCUGAGCAAAAAAGUUUUCGUGAGGCGUAUCUGGAGGGUCUGGUUCAGUGGCUGAAUCUCGAUGAGUCGGUCAUGCCAGUUAUGCAGGCUUUCCUGGCAGGACUCGGGUUCGAAGGCACUGACACCUUCCUGUCCAUUUUGCACGCAGAGCCGUUGCUCAGAGCCGGAGCGUUACCCAUCACUCAGGAUCUCGUGUCUUUCUCUGUCAAAGAUGGACAUUAUGAUGCCAGGGCUCGUGUUCUGAUCCGACAUGUCAGCUGUCUACUGCGUGUGACCCAACAGCAGCUGGAGGAUUUUGAAGAGACUCUCGGAGAGAAAUUGAGAGAGGCAGGAGAGGAGAGCGAAGAAGAGUCUUCAAGACGGCAGAAGAAAGAGAGGGGUCGUAAAUUGCGCCGGUAUCUGCUCAUCGGACUUGCCACUGUGGGUGGAGGGACAGUAAUCGGUGUCACAGGAGGGUUGGCGGCUCCUCUGGUGGCUGCCGGGGCAGGAGCAGUGCUGGGAGCGGGUGGAGCCGCUGUACUGGGAUCAGCCACGGGCAUCGCCAUCAUGGCCUCAUUGUUUGGAGCCGCAGGGGCCGGGUUAACAGGCUAUAAGAUGAACAAGCGUGUCGGAGCAAUAGAGGAGUUUGAGUUUCUUCCGAUGAGUUCUGGAAAGCAUCUACAUCUGACUAUAGCCGUGACAGGCUGGUUGUGCAGCGGCAAAUACAGUUCGUUCCAGGCUCCCUGGUCCAGUCUAGGAGCGUGUGGCGAGCAGUACUGUCUGAAGUGGGAGUCGCGUUAUUUAUUGGACCUGGGCUCUAUUCUGGACUCAUUAUGGGAUGGGCUUGUUAGUGUCGUGGCCCAGGAGGCCCUCAAAUACACAGUGCUCUCAGGCAUAGUAACCGCUCUGACAUGGCCUGCCUCUCUGCUGGCUGUGGCCAGUGUGAUCGACAACCCCUGGGGAGUGUGCCUGAGUCGCUCAGCGGAGGUAGGGAAACACCUCGCACAGGUGCUGCGGAGCCGACAGCAGGUCAGAGUCAAGACAGUCUUUUCUUCUAGAUUCUCCAUUAUUAGACUUUGAUGCUUUCAGUUUUCACUUAUAAUAACCAAUUCAAGGAAUGUUAUAAGUCAUAUUCAUUUGUCAAUUAGUCAAUUAUGUCUUUUAAACUUGUCCCAAAAUGUGAGCAGAAAUGCUCUUGCAGUACAUUGGACGUUUGCUUGACAUGCCAGGUUUUAUUAGGAUGUGCAAAACCCCCCAAAAAUGCAAUGCUCAUGGCAGGAUGCUCAAAAACGGUGUGACAUAUGGUGCAACAUCCUAAGAUGUCUGUGUGAAUGCAUAUAGCUGAAGAAUUGGUACUUUAAAGGGGAUCAUUUUUCAUUAGGGCCCAAGCGAA